AACUGUAAACCCACAUACAGAAGUUAAGGCAACAUAUUAAGCUUAAGAAGUUAGACCAGAUGAAUUCCAAUAUAAAAUCGACUGUGUACCUAAUACUAUUAGGAAUGCAAACUGCAUGCUGUUUUUUAUUAGAUAUUUCUCAAGAAAACGGUCAUAUUGGCGGAUGGUCGGAUUGGAAAUGUCAGAAACAAGCAGAGAUUUGCUUUAAAAGUCGUACAUGUAAUACAACUUCCGAUUUCAAUUGUUCAAGGACAAGUGAAGUAAAUAUAACAAGCUGCCCUUGUGUUGCAGAGUGGUCGCCUUGGGGCGGAUGGACCUGUCACACAGACCACGAUGUAUGUUUGAAAUUACGCAAAAGAACUUGUAUAAGCGGAUUUAAAGAAAAUGAUUGCUUGAUGCUCAAAGGGAAAAGCUAUGAAGAGACUUAUUGUGAUAACUUUUGCAACAGCACAACAAAUGUACCAAUAGAAACUACAAUCACGGCGUCAGUAAAUUCAGGGUUAUAUACACCACCUUCUACAGAAGCAACUACCAUAACACCCAUGGCGUCAAUAAUGUCUAGUCAGAAACCCCCUUCUACAUCUGAUGCAACCUCCUUCAUGUCGAAGUCUUCACCUCCACAAUCCGAGCUUAAGACAUCCACUCAAUCAACUGCGACAUUUGAUGUGACAUCAAAUCAUUCAACUAUUUCAACAAACACGGCAACCAGUAAACCGUUCAGUACAAGUAAAACCAUUGGAAUGUCGUCGGCUGCUUAUAUUUACUGGCUUGAAUGGACGGGAUGGGAAUGCAAAGAUUCAACAAGCUUCUGUUUGAUGUCUCGCACACGAAAUUGCUCCACGUUUAAAACCUAUGAUUGUGAGGAGAAACUUGGAGGGGAUCACUUUCAUGUGGAACCUUGUAAGAAAGAAAUAUGUCCAGCGUCUUGGUCAGACUGGAAUACAUGGACAUGCAGAAUUGAGAAAACUGGACCAUGCAACAUGACACGGUCUCGUAAAUGCUCUACUGGCCCUGAUGCAGGCUGCGGAUUCAAUUCUCUUGAACACAAGCCUUGUGAUGACGUCACGUGUCCCGAGCUAAAGAAACUUGGUAUCUUAGGUCAUUGCAAGUAUUUCGAUUCUUUCAAUUGUUCUGACGCCGAAGCUUGCAAAAAUCCAAACAUACUACUUAUAUGUUUUGCAGAUGCCCACGUUGCCAGUAAAAUUUGCCCAAAAGCAUGUGGAUGUUGUCAUGUUGAUCCACAAUGGACUCCCUGGAGUGAUUGGAGGUGUGAAAGAACACUCACUAUGUGUAGAAUGAAACAGAAAAGAACAUGUUCUACUGGGAAUAAAACUGAUUGUAAGGGUGUUUCGGAAAGAGAGGCUGUUUGCGAUGAAAGUAUUUGCCCAGAACCCAAGUGGGAAUCUUGGAGUGCCUGGAAAUGUCAGUAAAGGCCAAAUAAUACGUGCAAAAUGAGUCGUAAUAGAACCUGCUUUGAAAGAACACCUUGUAUUGGACAGUCACAUGAAGAAAAUGAUUGCUCGAGUACAAUGU